AUGUCAGCCCCACCGAAACACAGCCUCUUCACCCCGGAUCCUUACUACAUCCCAGGAUAUGGUGGGUUCUACCCUCAGACCCGCUACCAGAUCGGAGAAACCUAUGGCAAAACCACCUCUCGCCUGCUGACAGACCCCAAUGUUCGGAAGAGCCCUUGCUCUGUGCUGGCACCCCUGGGGAAGCCAAGGUUCCUAGAGGACUUUAGUGGUACAAAGCAUCCUUCAAACCAGAUGCUGGAUCAAAACUACAGUUACUUUCCCGGAUACACUGUGACUGAGACAGUGGAUCUAAGCAGAUACAAUCAGCUCCCACAGCUGGAUGUCCCAAACCUGAUCCAACGGAAAGCCAUUUCAGGCUACACUGGAUUCGUACCGCGCUUCACCUGGAUCAUGGGUGUUAACUACCUCAAGGGAGUUAAAGAUGCCAUGAAUGAAUUUGACAGAAAUCAGUUUAUGGUAAGAAACCCAGUGUGGAACUUUGGUAAGAGACUACCACAGACAUAUUGGCCUAAUAAUAAAAUUUACAGCAGCGCUGGACUGAUACCUUUCUACACAGGCUUUGUACCAACCCUCAGACACAGCUAUGCCUUAACAUUUGGCAACAGUACCCGGAAAGCCUACCAGAAAGCACAGAGACAAAACUGUGCGCUGUGAAAAAUGCUUUAAUUGUGAUGUCUGUACAGCAUUUGACAUGAAGUCCUCAGGAAACAGAAGUGGAAGGUACACAGUAAAGACAGGAAUAAAGACAAGUUUCUGAAUGAGAAGGGAGUUCAUACAGCUUUAAACAUAAUUUACAGGAGUAGCUACUGCCCAGGUUUUAUGCUGCCUCUUCCUCAGCUUCCUCCUCAAACUCCCCCUCCUCCUCAGCUGUGGCAU